AUGGCAUUGAUUGUUAUUAUGAUUUGUUUUAGCGACGAAAGAACUCCUGAAGAUGUGAGGAAAAUAAUUAAAACAGCAAAACUUCAUGAAUCAGAAUUGACUGAAAUUACCCAGAUAUUAAGAUUUCCAGAUCCAAGCGAACAAAACGAUAACUUGAGACUUAUGCUUUUAGACGACAAUUUGUUAAAAGAAAUUGAAGCCGGAAAUCAAUUAAUAUUUAAAGGAGAUCCUGAUGAUAACGUAGUAUUAUGUACUAAUAACAAAACAUACGAUGUCAAGGAAGCGGAAACCUCAAAUAGUCUAUUACUAGUUCCCGAUUUAUUAUUUGCUGUCUCUACCGGCCUUGACGAAACUAUAGCAAAUAAUUCUAUGGAAAGCGAUUCAGAUACGUCUUUUGAUAAGUCCAAUAGUAGCUUAAACAAAUCCACUGAUUCUGAUGAUGGCAGACCUCCAAGACAUAUUGUUACCAAAGACAUUCUUAACACAUUCUUUACAUAUUACGAAUUAAAACCUUGCAAACCUCGCUUAUCCAAGUUAAGGAAACUUCUAGAGCAAACUAUGUAUCAAGGUGUAGAACUUGAAUAUACAGUAGAUAAAUCAAAACUAUUGACUUAUGAUGACAUUUUUGAUCAAGUGCAAGCCUCUAAAGAAGAGCUAGACGAGGAAUUCAUAAAAAUACAAGCUAUAAAAAUCGAUGAUUACUAUCGAUUGUUGGAAUUUGAUUAUGAAUUCCGAGUUUUGUCGUAUAUGCUGGAUUUAAUUGAUGAAAACUCUUGGCCGCUGAACAAAAUUUCAAAAGAAAUUACGUUAGAAAGUUUAAAAGAGUUGGUGCCUCCUUGUAUUUUAGAGGCAAUGUUCUCGUUUUACACAGUCGAAUCGAUUAACGAGGAUGGUGUCCAGUAUUAUGAAUAUAAACAAGACAAAGUAUGUCGUUAUUUGGCAAGAGUGUUAUUGAAAAGUGCUGGAAAGUUUAAUUUAGCUGAGUUUCUGCAAGCGUGGAGAGAUUCGGUACCGGACGGGAUGACGACGAAUGAAUCAUUAUUAUCUGGUAUAGCAUUAAUAGAUAAGUCGUCGUCACCUCAAGUGGUGUGGGGUUUCUCCGAGAACGAUCUACCGGAAGACAUCAAUCAAAGAUUCAAAGUGUUGUUUCAAACUAAAGCGAAAUGGACCGUCGAUGAGAUAUCUCCGUAUGUAGAAUUAUACGCCACAGAAAAGUUAAACGUGAACGCAUUGCUAACGAAGUACGCGCGUGCUUCCACGCAAGAUGGCGUCCGGGUGUUCUCUGCGAAACAUAUGAAG